UAAAGUGUGAAUUUACUUUGCUUAACAGGAGUACGUGAGUGUGUCUGUCUCCUUUUAUUUUGUCAUCAGUGAAUAUGACCAUGUAACCAUUUAUUAGUUUUAGAGGUGAAUGGUACUAAUUCUUUGUAAUUAGCAUGUUUUCAGUUAACUAGAAGUUGAACAUUUUCACACAGCCAUUUGCAUUUGCCCUGUGAAUUUUCUGUGCAUGUUCUCUGCUUAUUUUCCUUUUGAGGAGCUAGUGUUUUCCUUUAUUUUGAAUAAGCCCUUCAGAGUACUUAUUGUUGAGUCCUUUAUAUGUAAUAGACAAAUAUUCUUUAACAGUGGUAUAGUGACUGUAGGGAGAAAGAAAAAGUGGGAAGCCUGGAAUUCGCUUCUCUGUACUUCUCUGCUUGCUUUGAAUACGUGAGGUUCAGGUGAGCAGAGAGGGAAGCAGUGAGUUUAGGUGGAAACAAGUGAGGAAAGAAGGAAGAAAGACAGGUGGACAGUGAGAAGAUGACGUUGAUGAGCCUGGAAGGGAGCAGAUGGGAAGAGACCAGAGAAGGGCAAAUCCUUAGGAGAAGAUGACCGUGUUCUUUAAAACACUUAGAAAUCAUUGGAAGAAAACGACAGCUGGGAUCUGCCUGCUGACAUGGGGAGGCCAUUGGCUGUAUGGAAAGCACUGCGACAACCUGCUAAGGAGAGCCGCCUGUCAAGAAGCUCAGGUGUUUGGCAAUCAACUCAUUCCUCCCAACGCACAAGUGAAGAAGGCGACGGUUUUUCUUAAUCCUGCAGCUUGCCGAGGCAAAGCAAGGACUCUAUUUGAAAAAAAUGCUGCCCCGAUUUUACACUUAUCUGGCAUGGAUGUGACUGUUGUUAAGACCGAUUAUGAGGGCCAAGCCAAGAAACUCCUGGAACUGAUGGAAAACACAGAUGUGAUCAUCGUUGCGGGAGGAGAUGGGACAUUGCAGGAGGUUAUUACUGGCAUUCUUCGAAGAGCAGAUGAGGCUUCCUUCAGUAAAAUUCCCAUUGGAUUUAUCCCAUUGGGACAGACCAGUAGUUUGAGUCCUACCCUCUUUGCUGAAAGCGGAAACAGAGUCCAACAUAUUACAGAUGCCACCCUUGCCAUUGUGAAAGGAGAGACUGUUCCACUUGAUGUCUUGCAGAUCAAGGGUGAAAAGGAACAGCCCGUGUUCGCAGUGACCGGCCUUCGAUGGGGAUCCUUCAGAGACGCCGGCGUCAAAGUUAGCAAAUACUGGUAUCUCGGGCCUCUAAAAACCAAAGCAGCUCACUUCUUCAGCACUCUUAAGGAGUGGCCUCAGACACAUCAAGCGUCCAUCUCGUACACGGGACCUACAGAGAGACCUCCUAGUGCAGCAGAAGAGAACCCUCCUCGGCCCUCUUUGUACAGGAGAAUAUUACGCAGGCUCGCGUCCUACUGGGCGCAGCCGCAGGACGCCCUUUCCCGAGAGGUGAGCCCUAAGGUCUGGAAAGAAGUGCAGCUGUCCACCAUCGAACUGUCCAUCACGACGCGGAACAGUCACCUUGACCUGACGGUGGCUAAUACACCUUUCAGGCUCUGCGUGCCCCACCCUGAGCGGCCGGCCUUCCCUUCCACCCGUCGGCGGCUGAGCUCCAUCCAGUCUGCCCCUCAGCUGGUGGCUGUAAUUCCGUGCAUGCAGUUGUUCAGGCCAGACCUCUUGGAGCUGCCCUGUCCCCCCUCACGUCUAAUCUUGGCUUCUAAAUACUGCCCGUGCUUAACACAACGCCCCUGCUAACUGUUCCAAGCCACCGAUGUCUUUUAGCUGCGUGACUGCAUAGAUUCUUGAAUGCGGCACCCCCCACCCCCCGCCUUAUUCUCCAACUACAGCAGCCAGAGAGGUCCUGUUGAAAUGGAGCCAGAUCCUAUUUUCUCUGCUUGGAAUCUUCUCCCGGCUCCUCAUUUCUCUCAGCCUCAGGGCCUUGCAAUGGUCUACAGGCCCUUGGGCUCGGGCCUCCCCUCUGCUCUGACUUCGUCUCCCGACGUCGUUCCUCUCACUCUGCUCCGGCCUCCGGCUUCCUUGCUGUUCUUUCCCGUGUCAGACGCGCUUCCUCCGCACAGCCCUGCCCUGGCAGUUCCCUCUGUGUGGGUCGCCCUGCCCUAGGCCAGUGGUUUUAGUCCUUGGGAACGUGUUAGAAAUGGACAUUCUUGGGCCUCACUCACCCCAGAUCUACUGAACCAUCAACUGUGAGCACGGGGCCGCGGUCCGAGUUUAAACAGGCGUUCCGGGUGAUACUUGCUCACGUCGGAGAACCACAGUCCUGGGUACCCCCCUUGCUCAUUCUCUCACCUCCUACAUGUCUGCUCAGAGCUGUUUCUCCAUGAGGCUCACCCAGACCGUCUUUAAAAAUGUCACUCCGACCACCCACACCAUCUGGUGUUUCUUGUGGUUUUUUUCCUUCAUUUUUCUAAUAAAUGCUCAUAUACUUCUCAUAUACUUAUGUUCUAAUAUACUUUAUAACUUACCAAUUGUUUCUAUCUAUAAUUUACUGUUUCUGUGCUUCUAAUAUGCUUCUAAUAUAUCCUGUAACUCGUUAUUUUAUUAUGGUUAGAUUUUAUUUUUUGGUUUAUUCCCUCCACUCUGCCCAGUAGAAAAAUUCUUGGUAAGCAGAAAUACUUGGUUUUUCAGUUCACUGGAGUAACCCAAGCACCUAGAAGAAUUUAUGGUAGUCAACACUAAAUUGUUGCAUAAAAGGUGAGCUGAGAGCCGAGGCAUCGCCUCGGUGUUCUGUAAUUCCCGGGCGAGAGAGAAAGCUGUGCUUCGGUGGUGCUCUUUAAUCUUAGGCAGAGGCUGUCUGCUCCCAGCAGCUCAUGGAUUAUCCUGGGGCAACAGAU